AGUUCACGAAACGGUCAAGCUGAACUGCAGUUCCUGCGGCUACGAGUGAUUCCCCGACAUGGUGGACUUUGGGGGACUCGGAUCAUCGUCAUGCAGAGAUCCGUUUUUAAAUGGUCCUAUUCUUAACAAUGCUUGCAGGAACACGUUUUCACAAUGUACAUUAUUUUUAACCGUACUAAAUACAGUGAUUCAGAAUCAUUCGAAAAUUAAUAUAUCAUCUGAGCGUGUACAAUCUGUUAAAAGGCCAUCUUUUGCUUAUGAUUUCGUAGUAAUCGGAGGUGGAAAUGCUGGUGCAGCUGUAGCAGGAAGAUUAAGCGAAAUUUCGGAAUGGAGUGUACUAGUUUUAGAAGCCGGUCCAGAUGAGCCAGAUGCUUCACUUAUACCUAGUAACUACGGAAUAUAUGCUGAAACUGAUUAUGAUUGGAAGUUUAGAACGUCUAAUGAAGGACACGCGUGUCUUAGGACAAAUGGUAUAUGCUCAUGGCCCCGAGGAAAAAAUCUGGGAGGUACAACUGUUCAUCAUGGAAUGGCAUACCAUAGAGGCAAUCCAAAGGACUACGAAAAAUGGGUUGCCAUGGGAAACAAAGGAUGGUCUUGGGAAGAGGUCAAGCCUUAUUUUUUAAAAGCUGAAGACAAUCGAGAAAUCAAUAGAGUAGGCUCAGUACAUCAUGCAACGGGUGGACCUCUCCCAGUGGAAAGAUUUCCAUGGCAACCUAAGUUCGCAUGGGAUAUUUUAAAAGCUGCCGAAGAAACCGGUUAUGGUGUUACUGAAGACAUGGUUGGAGAUAAAAUUACUGGAUUCACCAUAGCACAAACAAUAAGUAAUAAAGGUGUUAGAGUGAGCAGUUCUGGUUCAUACCUAAGGCCGAAUAAAGGAAGACGAAACUUGCACGUAGCUUUAAAUGCGCUAGCCACAAAAAUAGUUUUUAGAAGAAAAAAAGCUAUUGCAGUGCAAUACUUAAUGAAUGGCAGACUACAAACUGUAUCAAUUAAACGCGAAGUUAUAGUCUCAGGAGGAGCAGUGAAUUCGCCGCAAUUUUUGCUUCUAUCGGGCAUCGGACCAAAACAGCACCUUAAAGAGAUGAAAAUUCCCGUUGUUCAAGAUUUACCCGGUGUUGGUGAAAACUUACAUAAUCACGUAUCUUACGGUCUAAAUUUUACAGUCAAUGAUGUUGAAGUUGAAGAAAAUAAACUUUACCCCACAAAUCUAUAUCUACACAAUCAAACGGGACCACUAUCUUCCACUGGAAUGGCGCAGGUUACAGCGAUUCUUGCUUCCGAAUACACGACCCCGGAUGAUCCUGACAUGCAAAUGUUUUUUUCUGGCUAUCUGGCAACUUGUAAAUCUCGCGAUACGCCGAGGAUGAGGGAAAUAACAAUUAUACCUGUCAAUUUACAUGCUAAAAGCAGAGGAAGAUUAACUCUUGCUAGCAAUAAUCCUCUGGAUCAUCCAAUCAUCCACAGUAAUGAUCUUGCGGAUCCACGUGAUGUAAAAGUUUUAAUCUCUGGAAUCCACGUCGUCCUCUCUGUAGCCGACUCCCCGACCAUGCGGAAACUCGGCUUAACUCUAACAAGUAGACCUCUCCCAGAGUGCUCUGAUUUCAAGUUUAAGAGCGAUGAAUAUUGGGCUUGUGCCAUUCAUCAGGAAACUCGUACGGAAAACCACCAAGCAGGCUCCUGUAAGAUGGGCCCAAUUUCCGACUCAAUGGCGGUGGUCGAUACGCGCUUCCGCGUUCACGGUGUCAAAGGGGUGCGAGUAGUCGACGCUUCUGCAAUGCCGCAGAUGGUUUCUGGUAAUCCUUCGGCUACAAUAACCAUGAUGGCAGAACGAGCAGCUGAUUUUAUCAAAGAAGACAACACUUUAUGUAAAAAAAAUUAGUUUGUUCAUUUUUAAAGUAGAUAUAGCGACGCGUCCGAAUGUAACAAUCGAGAACCUCAAUUCAACUACUUUAUGCCAAUAUAAAGUAGCGAAACGCAAUUGCGAUCAAAUAUA